GGAGAGGGCGUGCGGAGGCUGCUGGCGGGGUGGAGAAAGCCAACCUGCCGUCAUCUAUAAAGCUGGAGUCCCUGGGUGUUGUCGAGGAGGUGCUGUACGCCACCAGCGGCUGCCUGUACAACCUCUCCCGCCACCCGGGCAACCGCGACACGCUGUACCGGCUGCACCUGGAGGGAGCCACCAGGGGGGCGGUGGCGGACCUGGCAGCGGAGGCGGCGGAGAACCCUCCCAAGAUCCCGGGCCUCUCCACCCACGAGGCCGCUGUCGUACUGCUGUCAGGCGGGAAUGUACGGAUAGAGGGCUCACACCUCGCCUCCGCCUCCAUGUCCGGCAGCAGCCGUUGCGCCGGAGCCAGCGGCGGCGGCGGCAGCAGCGGCCGCCGCAGCCCUGGCGACGGCGCUGAGGACGAAGAUGAGGACGACGAGAACGGUGGUGGAGGUUCCGCCAGCGGCAGCGCCGUCAGCGCUUCAGUUCCGUACUACAUGCGCCAUGAGGUAAA